UGGGUUCCAGUGUCGGGGGAAGGCCCUCAGAUUACGAUGGCCCUGAACUAUGAUGGGGGAGAGGUAGUCUGGCUGAAAGUCUGCAUUGAAGGGGGGAGAGAGGAGGAGAUGCGAGGUGACCAGAGGCUGCAGACUGCCAUUUCCGAAGCGCGCGACAGGGCAGAGCGGAGGUGCAGACGAGACGGGGUGACCGUGGGCUUGAGGGUGACGGUCAUCUAUCACGAGAUCGAGUCAUCAACUGGGACCGAGACAAGGGAGGAACAACAUAACGAGAGAGACUCAAGCGGGGAAAGCGAAAUGAGCGAGGCAGACCGAGAGACGGAUCUCAGGUCCUCGAACAGACCCGACGAGAUCCAAAAGCACCACCGAGCCGCGGAGCCGGUGGAAAAGGGACCUGAGGCCAGCUCACGACAGACGACUCCCAGAGGCCGUGGGACUGGAGGAAACCUGAGUAAAG